AUGCCAGUGCCCGAUUCUCGGUCCUGGCUGCCAGAUGCUACAGGGCCCGCCAGCAACCCUUACUUCCAAGGGAAACCUGGCACAGGGACGAGCCACCCAGAACCCUCCCCAGCACCCUCCUUUCCCCCUGUUGGCAACUGCACCUUCGGAACCCUGCCCCCAGCUCAGCAAAUUGCAGGGGUUGAGCAGGGCCGUGCCCCCGGUGCCUCCCCCGCUGCUGGGGCCGGCCCCGGUGAGCAGGACUCCCUUAUCAGAUCUCCGUUUCUCCCCUCCUGGUGCCGCCUCUGCCUGGCCUCCGCCCCCACCCUGAGCCCUUUCCUCUGUAGCGGAGCUCCUUCCCCGCCACCAGCAUCAAGCACAGAGCAGCGCCCCGAGGCUUUCUUAAAGAUGAGCCACCCUCGGCCACCUGUGCUGGGUUUCCCUGGGGAUAAGCCACAGCUGAGAGUAGCAGAGGAGGCCAGGACGCUUGAGGAUUCCUGGUAGUGCUGGGUUCCUCUACAACCCGACAAAUGCCAUGGGAUCCCAGCAGUCACACGAAGGCAGGACGCUAGGUCCAAGAGCCCAGUGAUUCUUGGAGCUGGAACUGGAUCCGCGGGACCUGGGAGCGCCCAGUGGAGCUUCGAGUAGCUUCCUGAGGACGCAGGAGGUGAAUGGAGCCACGACAGACGGGUGUAUCUGGAGAGGCAGAGGGGAGAGGGAGAGUCUCCCAGGCCGUGGGAAACGACUGGGCACAUCUUCAAAGUGGGAAGGCGAGGCAUGGGGCCAAGGCCGACCGAGACCUUCAGGGCCCCAAGCGCUCGAAAGAUCACGGUGCUCACUCCCACCCUGCAUGGCAACUGAGAAUAAAGUUUAUUUUCCAUAGCGACGCUAA